AUGUUUCGGGAAGAAUUUCAAUUAAAACAUUUCAGGCUGUGGCAUUUGGUCCGUCGUGACUUCAGUGACUCAAAGGUUUGUAUUUCCCGCAUUAAAAUUUGCAAUUUGACUCACUUUCUUUCACACAUUUUACAGUUGCAUAGAUAAUUAAUCACGCUCCCGGCUCAAAUACAAAGUUUUCGUUCUGCUUUGUGUAAUUAUAAACUUGUUUAAAACCUUGGUUCUCUGUCAUGAAAAAUCGGUCAAACAUAUUUGAUGAGGGAGGAAGAAGGAGACGGUGCCUAUUAACCAUGGCCAUUAGUAUCUUACUGCAGCGAACACACCUAUCUAAUAUGUUCUUCCCUAUAUUAGUCAAUACCUUUAUUUGUAGUGCGCUUGAAAACCUACCAAUCAAUCUAUACAAAUUCAACACCCACACGUAAUGCAGGGGAACAUUUUUUCAAUAAUCUAAUGAAUUUUUAAAGUUCGAUCGUUCACAGUGAUUCGAAAUUCGAGGAGAGAUAUAAAAUUGUUGUAACUGUUUGGUCAUUUGUUCUAUUGUUCAAUAUUAUAAUCAAGACAUUCUUUUACCACAAAAGUAACUAAAGGCUGAUUUUAUUGAGACAUUAGGGACUAGAUAGAACUACAGAGUACUGACCGAGUGGAAAGUUUACUGCCUUGGUUGACUAUACCGACCCUGUUUUUGUUCAAAUGACGGAGGGAUAAUCGUGUUAGCAGGGGGUUUUGUCUCGUUUUUUAAAAAUUAAGUUUACUCACCAUUUUUUAUUUAAUGGCCAGAGAUAUGACGGUCAAUUUAGGAAAUGAAGCCGUAAUGUUGCUGAAAUGAUUGCUUUUGUUUCUGUAGUGGCUUCCACUACCAGUAUUCAUUGCCUAUCGCCUCAUCGUCCUAGUUUACAUUUUUGCAUGGCUCAUCUACAACAUUUGCAGGAGAGGAGGUAAACUUUUCAUCUACCUGACAAACUGGAAUUUUACUCUGCUAAACGUCUAUUUUAUUGUGGCAACGAUUCUGCCCUGUAUUGCCUUAUUCAAAGACGUGAAAAAGAAACGGGGAAAAGAGACAUCCGCGUUGGAGAUGGCAGUGGAGUCCAGAGACGAAGUUGAUGAACCACUUGUGGGCACACGAGAGAAAGAUGCUUUGCAGUGGCAACACAAGUUACUCUGGCUCCUACACACAAUCUCAUCUACAGGCGGCCUGAUUGUGACGGUGGGGUACUGGACGGUGCUCAAGGGCAAUGAAAAAGUCGAUGCAAACAACAUUACAAAGCAUCUGCUCAAUUCCGUAUUCAUGGUUAUCGACAUUUGGCUAAGCUGCAUCCCAGUACGUCUGAUCCAUUGCUUCUAUGUCUUUCUGUACUUCAUUGUGUAUAUCCUUUUCUCUGUCAUUUACUGGCUAUUGGGUGGGACCAACGUUGAAGGGAAGCAAUACAUCUAUGAACCCCUGAAUUACAACCACCUCGAACCGAGGAUUGGAGGCCUAAUGGUCCUUUUUCUGCUCGUGGUUUUACCUUUACUGCAUUUGUUUUUCUUUGGGCUUACCAAGUUACGAGAUCACCUUUAUAAAAAGUUCACUGCUAAGAACACAUAUUAUUAG